AUGAGGCCCAUGACGAGCCCACUGCUCCUCUCCCCAUCCCCUUGCCGUCUCCUCCGCCGCCUCUUCUCCCGCGCCCCUCGCCGCCGGAACCCUACGACCCCGCGGCCCCUCGCCCCGCACCUCGGCCGCCGCCUCCCCCUCCACCUCCCGGCCUCCAUGUCCUCCUCCAGUGUCGGGACCCCCGACUGCGUCGUCGCCGACGCCGACGCGCUCGCUCGCAAGGUCGCCGCCAUCCGCGCCGCCGGCCCAGCUAAGCUGCAGGUGAUUGCCGACUUCGACGGCACGCUCACUCGGUACUGGUACGACGGCUCCCGCGGCCAGAGUAGCCAUGGGCUGCUCAGACAGGGGAACGAAGAGUUCGACGCCAAGAGGGAGGCGCUGUUCGAGCACUACCAUCCCAUCGAGAUCAACCCCGACAUUCCGCUGCCAGAGAAGGCCAAGCUCAUGGAAGAAUGGUGGGGGAAGACUCAUGGUCUCCUUAUUGAAGGAGGGCUUACACAAGAAGCUAUAAAGAAAUCGGUGGCUGAUGCUGCAAUUGCUUUUCGAGAUGGAGUGGUGGAGCUGUUCGAAUUCUUGGAGGCUAGAGAUAUUCCAGUGUUAGUCUUUUCGGCUGGACUUGCAGACAUAAUUGAGGAGGUCUUCCGGCAGAAACUCCACCGAUCAUUCAAAAACAUCAAGAUUGUCUCCAACAGGAUGGUCUUUAACGAAGAGGGUUGUCUUGUAGCAUUUAAAGGGAAGACAAUCCAUGUUCUAAACAAAAAUGAGCAUUCCUUGGACAUGGCAGCUCCGGUGCAUGACAGUCUGGGGGAUCCAAACGGGUCUGUUGAUGACUAUUCAUUGGUGAAAAAGAGGACCAACGUGCUGCUACUUGGAGAUCACAUUGGAGACCUGGGAAUGUCUGAUGGUUUAAACUACGAGAACAGGAUUGCUGCUGGAUUCCUGAAUACCAACAUCGAGAAAUCUCUGAAAGAUUACUCCGAGGCAUUUGACAUUGUUUAUCUGAAUGACGCGUCGAUGCGGGGAGUUGUUGAGCUUGUGUCUGAUCUGUGUCCUUAA